UCCUUGUGUUAUGCUGAGUUCUCUGUUGCUGUCCCUGUUGCUGGUGGCGCUUUUAGUUAUCUCCGAGUUACUUUUGGGGAAUUUGUGGGAUACUUUGCAGGAGCAAAUAUAUUAAUGGAAUAUGUGUUAUCAAAUGCUGCUGUUUCAAGAAGUUUUACAGAGUAUUUGUCAUGUGCUUUUGGUAGGAAUGAUCCAAAUUCAUGGAGAAUUCAUGCACAUGGUUUAAUGCAAGGUUACAACAUGUUGGAUUUCCCGGCAGUCGCGUUGAUAAUUGUCCUCACUAUUUGCUUGUGUCAUAGCACUAAAGAGAGCUCAAUGUUGAACCUAAUAAUGACAGCCUUUCAUGUGAUGUUUUUUGGAUUUAUAAUAAUAGCUGGAUUUUGCAAUGGGAAGGUUGAAAACUUAGUAAAACCAGGAGGAAUAGCUCCAUAUGGU